CCUUAUUAAUUAAUCAGAACGUGGGCUCGUGUUUGCAUAUAAAUGACCUGAUUUGAAUAUCCCAAGGAUCAGUGAAUAAAAACAACUGCAUUUGCUAGAGAGGCUUUGAAAAGGCGUGUUUACCGAGUCGCAUGCUUAAAGAAGUUAUUGUUAACGAAGCAAACCCUACAGGAUGUCGUCUUCAGUAACGCCAAGAACCACGCGAACCCCGGUUGAAAGAUCGAGGAGAUGGAGCGCUCCUCCGCGACAGAAGGUAGUCGGGCGCUCGGUUCGAUCUCCUGAUGAAGUGGUCCGCGACGUUCGAGGUCUUAAGAUGCGCCAAAGAGUUUCUUUGGCUCUCAGCGAUGACAUUUUGCGGGGAGAAUUGGAGGACAUGUUAUCCACGCACAGUGAAAAGUCGAUGAACGCGGACUCCUUCCGCACGUAUCAAGACUUCUUGAUCCCCUCGGGAGGCUUGUAUGGCGGUGGUCUUGGGGGUAUGUCCGCCAACGCUAUCUCAGACAUCAGAGGGGCAGAUACACUGCACUAUUCCAAAUUUGAAAGGCAAUUACGGUGUAAGGUGGCAUCCGUUUAUCGUCUGAUGCAGUUGUUUGGAUGGGGAAAAGGAAUUUUCGAUCGGGCUGCAUGUACGGUUUCUGCUUCUGAAAAUGACAAUGAUGAACAUCAGUAUUUUGUUGCUCCAGCUGGUUUGUUGUUCAGUGAGGUGACAGCAUCUUCCAUUAUGAAGGUAGACCAUAAGGGAAAUGUGACUGAAGCAGGAAACACAAAUCUUGGGCUGCAAAAGUCAGCAUUUGAGCUCCAUUCUGUCAUACAUUCAGCAAGGAAAGAUGCCAAGUGUGUCUUUUUCCUGUCAGCUGAAUCCGUGAAAGCUGUUUCUGCACAAAAAAUAGGAUUGGUGCCAAUCACUGUGGAGGGAAUUGCAGUUGGAGAAGUUUCCUACCACACUUUUCCUGGAUUGAAGCUGGAUGAAGAAACACAAGAUUCCUUAAUCAACAGCUUUGGAACAUCAAGCAGGGUUUUGAUAUUAAGGAACUUUGGUGCUAUUUGUGUUGGGGAGACCAUAGAAGAGACAACAUAUCUGGCUCACCUUCUUGUCACUGCUUGUGAACAACAGGUAUCUGCAAUGCGCGCAGGAAUGGACGGGCUGUUGGAGAUUGAUGAUGAUGCCAAAGAAAGCAUGAUGAAUUCAUUUUAUGGAGGUUUAGAUGCAAAUGAGAACCAACAAAAGAUGGCAGAGCUUCAAUUCGAGGCCUGGAUGCGAAUGCUUGACUCAAGGGGCUGCAAGACUGGUUACAACUACCGCAACUCUGAGAUCUUCAAAUCAGAAGAAAAGGAAGCUAAAUCACGCGAGAAAACACCAGCCAAGACCUCCACGACUCGCACAGAGAUGACAAUCUAUCGUGACGCUAAUGUACGGCGCACGGCCUCGCUUGGACGAGGAAACACCUACAGGAGUCGCCUCAAGUGGCUGAAUUCACCUGUGAAGGCCACCGAGUACAGGAGAGAACGGGAACUAGACAACUCUGAGCCGGUGCUUAUUAAAGACAGACAGCCUGAGAAAGAUAACAAAGACAAUGAGGAAGUUUUUAUCACCACCAAAGUCGUUUCAUUGAACCAGUCUGCGCCAGUCUUACACACAGAGGAUCAGGAAGGCGAAGAGGUCACAGAGGAAGUGGUGACGUAUGUAAGGGCACAGGAGAGACACUUUGAACCACAGGAAAUCAAGGUGUUCUUGGAUGACUCCCAAGAUAGCUUGGACGCUAGUGGCGAGCGCAGUGGUCCCGUGAUGGUGGAGUUAAAGCGAGAACCAGUGGGCCUUGUGCGAAGGAAGUCUGGGAACAAGGUGAAGAAGCGACGAAGUUUUCGAGAAAAGUUUGCUAAAAGGCUGAGCAGUGGACAGUAGACGUGAUGUACUCUAGUUUCUUGAUGUUCCCGCUACUCAUCGUAAUUUAAACAAUUAAGUGCCUUAUACUCAACUGUGUUCCUUGGCGAGGGUAAGGAGAAAUAAGUUUGUUUUUGGAGGUAAAAGGAACGAUAAUUACGGUAACAGAGGAAACCAAAGGUUGAUGUUGUCUGCGCUUUUGUAGUUAAGGUAAAUCCGAAUUCUUGGUCAGCGAACCAGUCAGACGCUCCAUCUGGGUUGAAAGUUCCUGGAAACAAAUCCGUUUUUAAGCAUUUUUAAAAUGGGAAACUUUUUUCUUCUUCUUCAAAAAAGGGAUGCUAUUUUAAACUCAGAAAAAAAAAACGGGAAGAACCACCAGAACUCGGUAAUUACACACAGUGCCCUUACACACGCCAUUUGUAAGUAGUCUACGUGCCUUUGUGGCUCUUGUUACACGCUCAUCAGACGCAUUGCGCAAAUUCGCCGUUUUUGUAUGAAUAGUUGUUAAGAGAGAUCUCAAACCACGUUUACGCGAACGAAUAGUAGAAAUAAUCUUUUUAACUCAGUCUGCUUUUUCUACCUUAGAGUCUCUUUUAGAAAUAGUGCGAAAGUAUUUGCAUAUGUCUCUAGGGAGAUAUUUUUGUAUUCCUGUGUUGGACUAAGUCUGAAUUAUAAGGAAAUUUAAGGAAUUUAGAGGUAAAUUUUGCUGUUCGUGUUUGCUCUAAACGUGGCUUGGAGAAUAUACCUCUUGCGUGAAUAACCAUGCAGUGCAAUUCAGAUGUCGAAUCUUUUAUAGAGUGUAACUCGUGGUAUAACAUGUUUUUAUCAAAGUGGAUUUUUACCUUUUAAAGUGAUAUUUCGAGGCACGCAACAGUUAUACAGCGUAGUUUUAGCACAGGGGUGGGUUUUAACAUCGGGAGUAAAGGGGUUUCUAUAAUGUCCACAGUUUGUGCUGCGAAAGUUUGUAACCUUAAGCAUUCGAGAUAUAUCUAGAAUUGCCGAAAAUAACGUAUGUUUGAUUGAAAGCUGCCAUCGUCUUCUUCUUUUGUUUGUAGUUUAUUUUUUUAGCACUUUUAUUGUUUGACUAUUCAUUAAGUUGUCGUCACUACAUUUUGACAUUAAAAAUAAGUAAUAUUGGUAGAAUAAUCAAAUCAUCCCAUAUCUUUCCUAGAGAAAGGGGUUUAAAACCCCUUUUUUAAAGUUAAACUGUAAGAGGUGAUCAUAGAGCUUGUUCAAAAACAUUGUUUUUUAGUUUGCCAGUGGAAUGACCGGGCCUUAUGUGUUUGCUGUUGUUCUUUAUGUUUUCUUUUAAUUUUUUUUCUUGCAAAAUCCCUUUUUUACCUUAUUGGCCCCUAAAAUGCAAUGGUACUCUGAAAACGAUUUUAAAAGAUGAAAUAUUUCACAUUGUCGGAUAUCAGAAGGCAUAUGUAUAAAGGCUGAUAGUUUCUAAAGAAACUGUUUGGGGCUGCGUCGGUGGGGGUAACGAAAUAAUUUGGAUAUAUCA